UCGCAUCGGACCGUUCGGAACGCGCUGAACUCGAAACACGAAGAAUAAUUUAAAUAGAAAUCGAAUCGAGAGCGUAGCGAAAACGCGAAGCAGUGUCGAGACGGGGCACGUUAACGGCACAAAAGUGUAGUGUAGUUCUAGGCUUUUCAUUUCGUUUUCAUUUUCCCCCCAUUUUGUUGAGUUGUUGUCUUCAUUUCAUGCUCCUUUUGUUGCAAUCCUUUUGGUUUGUUACAACACAACAACAGAAACAACAAGAUAACUACAACAAUUCAGCGAUUAUGUUUAUUGGCAGCGCGCACAAAAUUCACAAAUCCAGCAAAUAGCGCCAUGUUGUUCAACCAAACCCCAACCUAGUGAGUACCUCAAUGCCGCACGUAAGCACACAAAAUGCUUUCGUCGUGCUAACAUCUAGAUAAAUUUCAAGUGCAUACGCGCUAGGCACGUUCAACUGACGAAAGUGAGUGGAAGUCCAAGUCGGAUUGGGAUUCGGAGUCGGAGUCGACGUGGAACGGCGACGGCAACGGCAACGGCAAACUGAGAGAGUGGGUGACAUCAGUGGGCGUGACUGCGGCUGGAGACGGUGCGUGUGCCUGUGCCUGUGUGUGUGUGUGUGACUGAGUCCGAGUGUGUGUGCGUGUGUGUGUACGAGUGUGUGACCCUUUUGAGCGGGACACGCGACAACUACAAAAUUAAUCGUGGGCAAGGAAUACGAUAAACAUUCAGAAUGCAACACUAUACGCAUGCAGCCAUGAAUUUAAUCAACAUGGACUCGGAGAACCGGGUGGUCCUCAAUGUGGGCGGCAUUAGGCACGAGACAUACAAGGCCACAUUGAAGAAAAUUCCAGCGACUCGACUGUCCCGACUCACCGAGGCGCUGGCCAACUAUGAUCCCAUACUCAACGAAUACUUCUUCGAUCGGCAUCCGGGUGUAUUCGCACAAGUGCUCAACUAUUACAGAACCGGCAAGCUGCAUUAUCCCACAGAUGUGUGUGGCCCGCUGUUCGAGGAGGAGUUGGAAUUUUGGGGUCUAGACUCAAAUCAAGUGGAGCCCUGCUGCUGGAUGACAUAUACACAGCAUCGUGACACACAGGAAACUCUAGCCGUACUCGAUCGUUUGGAUCUGGAUACGGAAAAACCGUCCGAAGAGGAAUUGGCGCGUAAAUUUGGCUUUGAGGAGGACUACUAUAAAGGCACAAUAUCCUGGUGGCAGGAGAUGAAGCCGCGCAUUUGGUCGCUAUUCGAUGAGCCUUACAGUUCCAAUGCCGCCAAGACAAUUGGCGUCGUUUCGGUAUUCUUCAUAUGCAUUUCGAUAUUGUCCUUCUGCCUGAAAACACAUCCGGACAUGCGAGUGCCCAUUGUGCACAAUGUGACCGUGAAAACGGCCAAUGGCAGCGCCGCCUGGUUUCUGGACAAGUCAAUGACCAAUGCGCACAUUGCUUUCUUCUAUAUUGAAUGCGUUUGCAAUGCCUGGUUUACAUUCGAGAUACUGGUCCGUUUUAUCUCGUCACCGAACAAGUGUGAAUUCUUAAAGUCAUCUGUUAACAUCAUAGAUUAUAUAGCCACGCUUAGCUUUUAUAUCGAUCUAGUGCUUCAGCGAUUCGCAUCGCAUCUGGAGAACGCUGACAUACUCGAGUUCUUCUCGAUCAUCCGCAUCAUGCGUCUGUUCAAAUUGACGCGCCACUCGUCCGGGUUGAAGAUCCUGAUACAGACGUUCCGUGCGUCGGCCAAGGAGUUGACGCUGCUGGUGUUCUUCCUGGUGCUGGGCAUUGUGAUCUUUGCCAGUCUCGUUUACUAUGCCGAGCGCAUCCAGCCCAAUCCGCACAAUGACUUCAAUAGCAUACCGCUGGGCCUGUGGUGGGCUCUGGUCACCAUGACCACCGUGGGCUAUGGCGAUAUGGCGCCCAAGACCUACAUUGGCAUGUUUGUCGGCGCCCUGUGCGCCUUAGCCGGUGUGCUAACCAUUGCACUGCCAGUGCCCGUCAUCGUCAGCAACUUUGCCAUGUACUAUUCGCACACGCAGGCGCGGGCCAAACUGCCAAAGAAGCGUAGACGAGUGCUUCCCGUCGAACAGCCCCGCCAGCCUCGACUGCCAGGUGAACGUGCUCCUGGCGGUGUCAGUGGCUGCGGCACUCCAGGAUCUGGUCCACACUCGGGCCCCAUGGGCUCUGGCGGCACCGGACCACGCCGCAUGAACAAUAAAACCAAGGAUCUGGUCAGUCCCAAGUCAGGUCCUUUGGGUGCCAGCAUCGUUGCGAUGAGUCCACGCACCAUGUUGGAUCUGAAUCCGGCACUGGCCAUGGGUAAGCCAACAUUUCAGCCACGUUUCCCCACGCAGUUAGCGGCCACCAAUAGCAACACCAAUACGAUCGCCACAACCACGCCCACGGUGGCGCCCACAAUACCGGUCACCUUAGCGGCAGCUGCCAAUGCAAUGACAGCAUCCGCCACAGCAACCGCAACAGCAGCGGGCGCAGCAGCGGCUGCGGCAUCGGGUCCAACGGUGCCAAGCAUAGCGGUGACAAGCACCGCCAGCUUGGGCAAGGAUAGCACCGUCAGCCAGAUGGGCACCACAACCACCACGAGCACCACUCUGGAGGCCACCAAGAAGGCGUUUCUCUAAACGUUCCAAAGGAACCCCGCCAUCCAUCUGAAAGCAAUACCGAAUCUAACAACAACAACACUGAAAAUCGAAAACAAAAAAAUACAUAAUCAAUCUUCGCAUACGUAUGAGUGGGAGUGUGAGUGUGAAUACACUCAUGCGAGUGCUCGUAAUUGAAGGCUAUUAACACGCAAUAUCUACAUGUAGACUCCUCAUUAUUUGGCCAUAUCAUGACAUACAUAUUACCUAGAGCUAUAUUAAGUAUUAUUAAAGUUAAUAAUGCAUCGGCACACACACACGGCUUUCGCGUUUUUAAAUCGGUUUUAUUCAUUUUUGUUUUUUUUUUUGUCGUAGACAUAUCGAUUCAUUUUUUGUGUUUUACCAAAGAUAGAAACAGUGGAAUGUACAUAUUGGUAUAUCAAAAGUUUUAAAUGAAAUGGGUUGCCAGUUGACCCCGAAAAGGCGAACCGUUCAGCCCGUCAGCUAUUUAUUUUCCUCAGCGUUUUUCAAUCCCAUUUUUGAUCAACCCCUAGCGAAAAGAGAACAUUUAACUCAAAUAACUCGACUUCAGUUCGUGCUGUGCAAACGAAACUGUUUUCUUAUUUUCGACUAUGCUUAUAAGCUUUGUAAUUGCCUAAUUAGAAGAACCCCAAAACGCUCAGAGAGACACAGUCAACGAAGGCAAGUCUUCAUGCUCUAGACAGUCCGACAGAUACGUAUACUUAAUAAAAACAAAAAAAAUAAAUGAGUAAAAAAAGUUGGCAACUGCUUAAAAUUCAUUCAAGCAGACGCUGCCAAAUCGCUUGUUAAGGGCACGUGUUAAAUUUUCAGCUAAUAAGUACGCAGCCAUGGACCUUACUUGAUGCUACGAACCGAAAAACAUUGUGUAAACUUUGUGCAACUUAAGAAAAACAAAUGAAUUUUCCAACAGUUGUUCCUGUCUGCCUGCUCACUCCUCAUAUGAAGCAAGUUGAUAACAUACAAAUUACUUGUACCAAAAGCAAAGGGAACUUUUAACUUGACUUUAAUUAUUUUCAACCUGUAAUCGACAACAUGCUGUUGAUUGAAGGAACGGACGGGGGAGGUGAUGAUGGGGAGCAGUUGGCAGACAUCCAGUGAAAUUUGCAUGGAAAAUCUCUGGCAAAGAUAUCCCUUUUAACUAGAGCAUAAACCCAGUUAAAAGUCUGGCAUAUUUGAAAAUGUUUUUCUUGUUCUCUCAGUUCUUGUAAACAGAAUCACUUCUUAACUUCGUAGAGGGUUUCAGACAUUAGCUGAGUGAGGGGUAGAGAAGUGAGGAGAUGGGGAGGUCAGAGUCUUUACACUUUACACACACAUAUAUAUACAUAUAUAACGAUACAUAUGAACGGUGUUUCUUCUGUAUAUCAUUAUUGGGUGAAACCUCUUGUACAUUUUGAAUAUCUCUCAGCAAGCAUUAUACAUAAUAAACAUUGCAUAAUUAACUAAUACAUAUAUUGUAUCUAUAAAUAAAUUACUACUUACGAUUAUUUCUAAGAUUAACAAAACAAAAAAAAAAAAACAAAAAAUUCUAACGCUUUGCAAUAAAAUACAACAAAAACCAAAUAAAAAU